AUGUCGACCGCCUCUAGCUCACAGAUGACUUUGUACUUGGACAGUCCAUCAGGUGAUCUGGAAAACAUCACUUUAGAACCCUUAUCAGCUAUUCAUCCUCAGCUUCUCGAUAUCCUGAGAAACGUAGCUCCCGUCUUACUCCUCAGAGUAUCAGAAGCCUUUUACGAGAAUCUCCUGCCUGGACUGUACGGUGAAUUGGUAUUGAACAAAGACAACGUUCAAGCGAUUUUAUGUGGCUUAGAAAAGGAGGAAGGAAGGAAGCGAAAAGCCUUUGAAUUGGUUAGACAUCUGACUAUUGAAGAUAUAGAAGUAUUAGAUUAUUUAUCAAAUACCAUAAGUGAUUCAAGCUCAAGCUCAAGCUCAAGCUCAAGCUCAAAGUCAACUCCAGAAUCAAGAUCCAAUCUGGAUAAUAUCCAGUUGGUCGAUAAUGAAAGGCCGCCUAAAACCAUCAAUCUUGAUGAUGAACGAAAUCCGAAAUCAGGAUUGAUAACGAAUUCACUCAAUGAACAAUGCAUCUUUCCCAAUAUCGAUGAAUUACAUCUACCUUCUUCAUUCCUUAAGUCAAUCAAUCGAAUCACUAUAUCAAAUCAUCAAAAUUCCGAUGCUCUUCUUAAUAGUCCUCGAGCAGGAGAAAUAAAUAAUAGAUUGAAUAGAUAUUCGUCAAUUUUAUUUAAGACUGUAAAACCAAAAUCUGCUCAUUUGGAUUUAACUUUCGACAUUCGUGUAGAUGAAUAUUGGGCUUUUGAUUCUACUUUUUUAACUUUAUUACGAAACUACUCCCUUGAUUCUGGUGGUUCUUCUGUGAUAUCAAUUUCAUCCUCAACGUCGCCUUCCCCAUCGACUGAACUUCAUAUCACCACGAUGCUUCCUUCCGAUAAUCCUGAAAAAGGUUAUAUACCACAUGGAAUCCAACUACCUUGUAAAGUGAAAUUCACAGGACCAAACUUAAGUCCAAGGUACUUGGCUAAAUUAGUAAGGGAUCAUUAUGAUAUACACACUUCGAGGGAAGUCUACCCUCCAAUACUGUAUCAAGUUCAGGAUGUGCAAGGUGUUCAAAGGGAAUUAACAUCAAUGGUAGAGAAUCGUACGAGGGUACCAAUAUGUUUAUUAUUAGAUGAAAGGGAUGGAGGGGUUAUAGUUCAGGAAUAA